AUGGAGAAGGAGGCCGCGGGGGAGGCGCGCGAAUCCCAUGGGACCGCACGGAAGCGGGCACGGAGCGGCGGCGGCGAGGAUUUCAUCAUCAGGCUCCCCGACGACAUCCUCGGCAUCAUCAUCUCCCUCCUCCCCACCAAGGACGGCGGCCGCACGCCCGUCCUCUCCCGCCAAUGGCGCCACCUCUGGCGCUCCGUGCCUCUCAACCUCGAGGUCAGCACCCGCCCCCCCGGCGCCGCCGGCCCCGUCCCCACUCCCUCCCGCGUCCCACCCUCCGCUGUCUCCCAGAUAAUCUCCCAUCACCAGGGCCCCGCGCUCCGGUUCUCCUUCCACUGCCGCGGCGCCGGCGACCUCUGCGCCCAGGCGGAGAGCUGGCUUCACUCCCGGGCCCUCGCCAACCUCGAGGAGCUCGACAUCGCUCACGCCAGCCCGCGGCUGCUGGCAUCAGUGCUCCGCUCCGCAUCCACCACCAUCCUGGCUGCCAAGAUCAACGGUUGUGGUUUCCCCGGCGAGAUCGUGCCGGCCAUGAAUUCCCCCAAUCUCAGGAAGCUCACCCUGUUUCACACUUCCAUCUCAGAGGACGUCUUGCACGCGCUGCUCUCCGGCUGCCAUGCCUUGGAGAGCUUAUACAUGGCCGAAGUUUCUGCUGCUGGUCGCCUCCGUGUUAGCUCGCCGACUCUUAGGACCAUUAUCUUCAGUCAUAGCUCUAGUGAAAUGGCACAACUGGUGAUCUUGGAUGCUCCUCGCCUUGUAAGGCUGCUGUUGCCGUAUUAUUACGGAAGCGAUCGUGUGACUAUGAGGGUAGCUAGGGCGCCUAUGCUGGAGAUAUUGGGCCCUUUCAUAGCCGCCGUCUCCAAUAUCCUACUCUUUCAGGGAAUAAGCCUGGUCAGCUCGGCAAACUCCAUGCGCACCGUAAAGGUUUUGGCUCUCAGAUCUUCUGCAGAUAAGCUGCAUGCAGUUCUUAACAUUCUCAGGUGGUUUCCCUGUUUGGAGAGGCUCCAUGUCACCUUUGGUAAACACCAUGAUAUGGAUCAGCAAAAUGAGCCUCAGCAUGACCCACUACAUCCAAUCGAAUGCCGUGAGGCCCAUCUCAAAAAAGUGGUGUUUAAGCCAUUCGAGGGCUAUGGGAAACAGGUUGAAUUUGCCAGGUUCUUUGUAUUGAAUGCAAAGCUGCUACAAGUGGAAAACAGAGCCUCUCGACAUGCUCGGUUUGUAUUCAAGACUAUUUCAUACUGACCGAGUACCAUGUCAAUAAGCAUAACCAUGAUUGGUCGGUCAGUAGCCGACCCCUUCCGACAGCCUUAGACAGGGUUAAUGCCUGAAGAUUGA